UGCCACCACUAAAACGCCUACGCUUUUUUUUUUUAGAAAAUAUUGUUGGAAUUACAUAUUUAAAGGGAAUUGUUUAUUCUCACAUCGUUGGGAAAAAGGCUCGAGUAGCAAAAGCCGGGUGCGAUGGACAUCGAACUGAGUCUGGACGAGAUUAUAGAGCGCAAACGCGGACACGGCGGGCGGCCCAUAGACAAGAAGUUCAAUGCGAACUUCACCAAGCCGCGGCGGGUGCUCAACAAGCCCGCCUUCAAGGCCACCGGCACAGGAGGCUCCCUGUCGGAUCCGCCGGCACAGCGCUCCUUCGACGCCCGGAACAAGAUCAUCCAGAAGACACGUGCCAAGAUAGCGGAUGCCCGCGAUCUCCUCAACCAGAGCAUGCGCGACUCGGGCAUCGAUGCCCGCCAGUUGCUGCUAGAGCGGAAAAAGGGUCGCCCACUGGGCCCGACCGCCACUACCGACGGAGAGGCACUGAAGCCGUCACGCCACGCCCGCGCAUCCGGGGUGCACCAGGGUCACUUUGGUCAGCGCACCAUCACCAUGUCGAACCGCCCGGGCGGCACCAUACAGACGGAAUGGGACUCUGAUGAGGAGCUCGUAGGUCUGGGCGGUGGUGGCCAUGGUGGCCAUGGUGGUGGCAGAUUGGCAGGCAUGCGUCGAUCCUUCCCCCCCAGAUCGAACCAGCCGGGCAAGCCCUUCGCUCCGCGUGGCUACAUUGACCAUGACAAUAUGCAGGAACUAGAGGAUGAGGAGAUCACGCGCACCCUGCACUUUGGCAACUUUACCGGCCAGCAGCCGCCGCCGCGCUACACCUUUGGGGGCUUCGACUUGAAUCGCGACGACGACGUGGAGAUGUCCACGGCUCCGCUUAAGAACAAUAUAGCCAGCGACCCGUUUGCCAUUUACGAGGUGGCCCGCAAUCGAAUCGAGCGACCAUCGCUGCCGACCCCACUGGUUGUCGGACACACGGAUACCAGCGAAAAGCUCUUUGAGCGCCGUCAACGGAACAUGGUGAACACCACCAAUCUGCCGGAAUCGCUGCGCGCUCGUCUGUUUGGCGGUGAGCCGGAUCGUCGCGUAUCCCAUGGUAUUUAUGCCAACGAGAACAGGGGAAAGGGUGGUGGUGGUGGGGCUCCAUCGAUGGCCCAUCCGAUGGGAUUGCACCGUUCGCCACCAACACUGCCGCUGGGAUCGUCGAACACCAAGGGCGGAUAUCGCUUGUUGGUGAGCAAUCUGCAUGCUAACGUGACUACCGCGGAUAUCCGCGAGCUCUUCAGCGACAUUGGACCGAUGUACGAUGCCCAUGUGGUGCGCCCGGGCACUGCCGAGGUAAUUUACAAGUCCUUGGAACAUGCCGAGAUGGCCGUCGACGCUUACCAUCAUCGCGAGUUCGAUGACCAGCCCAUGCACUGUGUGCUGGUCAAUCCGCACUCCUCCCACCGGUCGGCACACCCCGCCAGCUCUCGCACUGUGACUACCAACUCGUCCGGCGUGGAGGUGGACAUCGAUGCCCUCCAUUCGGUACUCUUCCGGGACCGCUAGGUAUGGCCAGCGGACUGACGCAUCUAGGCAAUUUUCCAGCUACUCUAGACAUGGUGCAUCCUUCGCAUCCUACUCUAUUCAUCAUCUAGUAUUAAGCCCAACAAUGUACACCACUUAAUUCUUAGGCGCGCUUGUCUAAUACGAAUCGAUCCACCCGGCGUUGGUUCAGUAAACUAGACAAGUUUUAACCAUGCGUUUUUUUUUGGCAUAGACCUUGAAUAUAUAUGAAUAGAAAAGAAUCCUUAAAAUUUAA